AAAACAGGUUCAAAUUAUAAUUUGCAAGUUGUUCUUAUAAAUCUAUAUAUUUGUCUUGAAUCAAAUCUUGGAUUCGAUCCAUUCUACAAACUUGGAAAUAAAAACUUACAAUGAACAACAAGAUUUUUCUUAAAACAAACAAAAUGGGUCAAAUUAUACUUUGCACGUUUUUCUUAUAAAUCUAUGUACUUGGUAAUCGAAAACACCAUAAUCCCUCCGUUUGAGCCAGCUCUCCGUGUUCCUUCCCUUUUCGUCCAAGACACACUUUUACGUGAAUCCUGUUUUGAGGAAUGCAUGCUCGUCUUGCACAAGCAUUCCUGCCUCCUCCUAGACAUCACAUCCGGGUCACUUGGCAGUCAGCUAGUAAGCGAGCGCGCUCCUCCAUACAGUUGCGUACUGCUGCUGCAGCUCUCAGCGCAACUCCACUUCAUGCAACAUGGACACUACGAGCAGCGGCCAGCCGCGGAGGAUCUGAACGCGCCUCGGGACUCGCCAUACGCCACACCGGGGUAGGGAUGAGGUCCCAUCCAGCAGCCGCACACUGGUAGGCGAGUCGUCAAUUGUCAGCGAUGUCAAAGAGUCUGAAGAAGAAGAACCACUGGACGAACAAAGUCCACGAAGCGGUGCUCACCAGGAAUAAGGAGGGCGAACUGGGGUUCGACUUGAAAGGGGGCGCCGAGAACGGCAAUUUCCCUUAUUUUGGGGAGGUGAAGCAGGGCAAGGUGGCCAUCCAAAGCGGCAAGCUGUCCCAGGACGAGCUGCUCUUAGAGGUCAACGAUACAUCGGUGGCGGGGCUCACCAUCAGGGAUGUGCUGGCCGUGAUCAAGCACUGCAAAGACCCGUUCCGGCUGAAGUGCGUAAAGCAAGGAGGUGUUGUGGAUAAAGAUCUCCGGCAUUAUCUCAACCUACGUUUCCAGAAGGGCUCAGUGGAUCAUGAGCUUCAACAAAUAAUACGUGACAACCUCUACCUCCGGACUGUGCCGUGCACAACGAGACAGCCCAAAGAGGGGGAGGUCCCAGGUGUGGACUACAACUUUGUGAGCAUUGAGCGCUUUAUGGAAUUAGAGAAGAGUGGGGCUUUGUUAGAAAGUGGAACAUACGAAGAUAACUUCUAUGGCACGCCAAAGCCUCCUGCCGAACCCACGCUGAUGCUGUUUAAUGUGACGGACCAAUUCUUGCCCGGUGCCCGACCAAGUGCAGAGGGAAAAAGAAAGAGGAAUAAGUCUGUCAGCAACAUGGAGAAGGACAGCAUUGAGCCACCAGAAGAGGAGGAGGAAGAGAGCCCAGUCAUCAAUGGCAACGGCAUCGCCAUCACACCAGAAUCGAGCGAACAUGAGGACAAGAGCACUGACGCUUCUGGAGAUGUGCCUCUCCAGCCGUGCCCACCUGAGACCCCCACCCUCACCACCACAGAUGCCCCUGAGGAGGAAGGAGACGCCCUCAAGUCCCCACAGGACUCCCAGGAGAAUGACGAAAUGGGCCCUUUGCCAGAUAACUGGGAGAUGGCCUACACUGAGAAAGGAGAAGUUUACUUCAUAGAUCACAAUACCAAAACGACGUCAUGGCUCGACCCUCGACUAGCAAAGAAAGCCAAGCCCCCAGAGGAGUGUGAGGAAGAUGAACUUCCAUAUGGCUGGGAGAAAAUAGACGACCCUAUUUAUGGCAGUUACUAUGUAGACCACAUUAACAGAAGGACACAGUUUGAGAACCCCGUCCUAGAGGCCAAACGAAGGAUGCAACAGCAAAUGCAAAGUCAAGGUCUAUCGGCGCUGCCAUUGCCCACAAUAUAUAGAGAAAAGCCUCCAUUCACGAGGGACGCCACACAACUCAAAGGGACGUUUCUCACCACGGUGCUACAGAAGAGCAACAUGGGAUUCGGCUUCACCAUCAUUGGUGGGGACGAGCCGGACGAGUUCCUACAGGUCAAGAGCGUCAUACCUGAGGGACCUGCAGCCCAAGAUGGCAAGAUGGAAACAGGUGAUGUGAUCGUCUACAUCAAUGACAUCUGUGUUUUGGGCACCACCCAUGCCGAUGUGGUGAAGGUUUUCCAGUCUGUCCCUAUUGGACAGAGUGUCACCCUGGUGCUGUGUCGAGGUUACCCUCUCCCUUAUGACCCAGAAGACCCCUCCGCUAGUUCCUCUAUGCCCCCUUUGGGCCUAGUGGAUCACCCGCUGCUGCUCAAUGGAAGGAACAACUAUGAAAAUUACAUGGAGUACAUGUCUUUGACUGGACGCUUAGUACCCGAGCAUGGUGAGGGCCUUACCCCGCAUCCCCAUCCUGGAGACACACACCUGGACGGCUCUCAGCCUCCAUCCCUGACCACACCGGGACCCCCACCCGAUGACAGCGUUUCCAUGGCGUCUUCCUCAGGUGCAACCACCGGCGCUCAAGUGGCUGCUGAACUUCUGAGUCUCACUAUAACCAAAGGCACAGAGGGUUUUGGGUUCACCAUCGCCGACAGUCCCACAGGGCAAAGAGUCAAACAGGUUCUGGAGCCGCAGGGUUGUCCGGGGUUAUGUGAAGGAGAUUUGAUGGUGGAGAUUAAUCAGAAGGGUCUCCAGGGACUCAACCACACACAGGUGGUGCAGCUGCUCAAGGACUGUCCAGUGGGAACAGAGGCUACGCUUGUCAUUCAGAGAGGAGCAGCUGCAGGCCUCUACACACCCUGGGAUCCCACAAAACAGUGGGACACUCAAGGAAGCCCCCAGACCAGUUUGUCAGCUGCUUUGCUCCCCCAUGGUGCUCCUCAUCCCGGCCAGACGCUCCAUCGCUCCUCUUUUCCGGACACAGAGCCCUUUUACCUGGGCAAGCCGGACCCCUACGACCUCUAUGAGAAGUCACGUGCCAUUUAUGAAAGCAGGCAGCCAGUUCCUCCUCGGACGCUGACAGACUCUACAGGUGUGGAGUAUCAGGAAGUGGAAGUGCACCUGCUGCGUGAGAAGACCGGCUUCGGCUUUAGGAUCCUGGGUGGAGACGAGGCGGUGCAGGCUAUUGUGAUCGGAGCAAUCAUAGAGAACAGCCCAGCGGAGCGCGACGGAAGACUGCGUCCGGGUGAUGAGCUGGCCUCGGUUGACAGGAUGCCCGUGGCGGGGAGACCACACCGCUACGUCAUCGACCUCAUGCACGCGGCGGCACGAAAUGGACAGGUCACCCUGACCGUCCGGAGGAGAGUUCUGCAGCAGCAGGGUGAGAGAAAACCCUCCGGCCAGCCUUGUGAGGAAAACAGCGCAGCGGCCAAUCAGAACAGUUCUCCCCGGGGUCAUGCAGUGUGCCCGGUCAACUUGCCCCCCACCACUGAUGUAGUUAUCCAUCGUAAGGAAAGCGAAGGCUUUGGGUUUGUCAUCAUCAGCUCUCUCAACCGUCCAGAGACCACAAACACUAUAACUGUGCCACAUAAGAUCGGCCGCAUCAUCGAGGGCAGUCCGGCUGAUCGCUGUGGGAAGCUGAAAGUUGGUGAUCGUAUUAUGGCUGUCAACUGUCAGUCUAUCAUUAACAUGCCUCACGCUGACAUUGUCAAGCUGAUCAAAGACGCUGGACUCACUGUCACCUUGCACAUCAUCCCUGAAGAAGACGUAAACGGUGCUCAUUCGGCCCCUACAUCAGAGAAGCAGAGUCCCAUGGUGGCCCAGAAGCACAGCCCUCAUACUCAGUCCAGCCCAGCAGCCCAGCAGAGCCCGAGCAUGGCUCAUCCCAGCCCACCAGCCCCCCACCCCAGCCCGGCAACCACGCAGUCCAGCCCCCUGCUGAUGGAGCCGGGCCCUGGAGCUCCACACAGCAGCCCACCAGUGACUCAAAGCAGCCUGGAGGUCAUGCAGUCAGGCUCAGCGGUGACUCAGACUGCUUCUGUUGUGGAUCCGGGCAUACCAGGAGUUCAGCCCACCACCAUCGGAUCAGUGCCAGUCCCACCACAGCUGUACCUUCAUGACACCAGGUCGGAGGUAAAAGCCAGGCAGGAUGUUAAACCAGACAUCUGCCAAACUGCAUAUACAGACUACAGACAGCCUCCGGUGGACUACAGACAUCCUCCUGUAGCAGACUACAGACAGCCGCCCACCAUUGAGUACAGACACCCACCUGCUCUCAUAGACUACAGACAGCACUCCAUUGCCGAUUACAGACCACAGGACUAUGACUACUUCACUGUGGAACUGGAGAAAAGUGUGAAGGGAUUUGGCUUUAGUAUCCGCGGAGGACGGGAAUACAAGAUGGACCUGUUUGUGUUGAGACUGGCUGAGGAUGGACCUGCGAUCCGCAACGGCAGAAUGAGGGUUGGAGAUCAGAUUAUUGAAAUUAACGGUGAGAGUACGAGAGACAUGAGUCACGCUCGUGCCAUCGAGCUCAUCAAGGCUGGCGGUCGUCGAGUGCGUCUGCUGUUGAAAAGGGGCACGGGACAGGUGCCAGAAUAUGGAAUGGUACCUACCAACCUUACCAUGUGCAUGAAAAGCGACACUCUAGCCUCACCCUGUUUCUUCAUAAUGGGACACUCUAAAGACACGACAGUGCCGCCUCCUGGAGUGCUGUCUCUCCAGCCGCCCCUGCCUUGUCGGAAGUAGUCUCACCCCGCUAGUGUGACACUCGCCCUUCGCCAUCACCCGUCAUCUCAUCCAGCCUCAAACUCUGGACUUUCAGUGGCAUUUCGUCACAGUCUGGACCAAUCACAGCGCCCCUGGUGGUAGUUUUGUGGGGUUUCGCCCGCAGAACGAAGGGUGGCAGGUCCACCUGUAAGAGCUGUGCUUUGAACAGCCUAAAAAACAGAGGAGAUGGAUCAUUAAAGUCAAAAAUUAUUAAGAACAGAUGGAGACACAUCAACCUCAAAUGGAUUUUCGCAUCCAACUUGCUUUUCAUAUAGUCUCCGAUCCAAGUUUGUUUUUCCGGAUGAUCCAGAUGAACGGCAGCCAAAGACGUGUGGCUCGCCCUCUCGCUGUUUAAUUCUGAAGAAACUACUCGCAGGGGAACGAGCCGAACUUUCAAUGCCUCGUUCUUCCGUCCGGCGGACCCGAGCUCUCUUUAUUUGUUUAUCAUGUAGAGGUUGUUUAUUUUUUGUAUUAUUUCAAGAUGUUCAUACCAAACCCCUAGUGAUACAGGGGGUCAAAUAUCGCAAAUAUAUGUGUAGCAUGAAAAGAGAUUUCUGAAGAAACACAAACUUCUGAGUUUAGAACUACAACAUUUCAGUAUUGCCUUUCGUUAUAUGUCUGAUGGGAAAAAGUCACCAUAGACAUUGUGAAACACUGACAGUACAUAUAAAGGGAGACCGCCAUGAUGGAGAUACAAGGGUAGGUAUCACGCCGACCCAUUCGGCCUGAUUAAUGAGAGGGUAAAUGCACAUCAGUCGCCAAAUCUGCCACAUGGACGUAUCCCAUUAGAUCCCAAGAUGAUAUGUUGUAUUAGUAUGGUUUAGUUGAUGAAUUCCACACCCAGCCAAAUGUUCGGAAACAUCGCGAACUGAACCGAAGAAGGACUGUGGAUGUUUUUCGAAG